UCUUCCGUGCUCGUUCCCUACGCGCGGAGUCUCUGUCGCCGCGCAUCCGGUUCCAUCCGCGCCGCGCGCCGCCAUGCCGCCCAAGUUCGACCCCAACGAGAUCAAAGUCGUGUACCUGCGAUGCACUGGGGGGGAAGUUGGUGCCACCUCUGCGCUGGCCCCCAAAAUUGGCCCCCUGGGUUUGUCCCCCAAGAAGGUUGGUGAUGAUAUCGCCAAGGCCACAGGUGACUGGAAGGGGCUGAGGAUCACGGUGAAACUCACAAUCCAGAACAGGCAAGCUCAGAUUGAGGUUGUCCCUUCUGCCUCUGCCCUGAUCAUCAAAGCUCUUAAGGAGCCUCCACGUGACAGGAAGAAGCAGAAAAACAUUAAGCACAGCGGCAGUGUCAGCUUCGAUGAGAUUGUGAGCAUUGCACGGCAGAUGAGGCACAGGUCACUGGCCCGGGAGCUCUCUGGAACCAUUAAGGAGAUUCUAGGGACUGCUCAGUCUGUUGGCUGCAGUAUUGAUGGCAGACAUCCUCAUGACAUCAUUGAUGACAUCAACAAUGGCUCAGUAGAGUGCCCAGCUAGUUAAAGACUGCAGCAAAGAAGAAAGAUCAUGAAGGUUCAUGCAGAUUUUUGUAAUUCUUGUGAAGCUUCAUAAUAAAACCUGUAGUUGUCUAAAAACAA